AUGUAUGCUCUCUCCUCCUCCUCUUCCUUCCGCUCCCCUCCCUUCACUUCCCCCCCUUUUCCUCCCCUCGCUUCUCCUCCCCUCCCUAAUCUCCUCCCUUCCCCCUCCCAAGCCUUCGCCUGCCCACUUAUUCCCCACCCACCUGCCUCCAUCCACCUCCCCCUCGUUCACUCUCCCAUCCAUUCCCAUCCCUUCUCGCCCCUCCCUAGUACUCCGCUUCUGCCACUCCCCCCGCCCUCCCAUCCCCCCCCUGCACUCCAUCCUACUCUCCCUCGCCUCCCUCACCUCUCCUGCUGCCCUUCUCUCUCCCCAUCUCCCCUUCAUCCCAUCCUCCUCUCACUCCCCCCUCGCUUCCCCCACCACCCCAUACCUCCCAUCUCCCCCAUUCCUCCCACCAUAGCCAUACCUCCCAUCUCCCCCAUUCCUCCCACCAUAGCCAUACCUCCCAUCUCCCCUAUUCCUCCCACCAUAGCCAUACCUCCCAUCUCCCCUAUUCCUCCCACCAUAGCCAUACCUCCCAUCUCCCCUAUUCCUCCCACCAUAACCAUACCUCCCAUCUACCCCAUUCCUCCCACCAUAGCCAUACCUCCCAUCUCCCCCAUUCCUCCCACCAUAGCCAUACCUCCCAUCUCCCCCAUUCCUCCCACCAUAGCCAUACCUCCCAUCUCCCCUAUUCCUCCCACCAUAGCCAUACCUCCCAUCUCCCCCAUUCCUCCCACCAUAGCCAUACCUCCCAUCUCCCCCAUUCCUCCCACCAUAACCAUACCUCGCAUCUCCCCUAUUCCUCCCACCAUAGCCAUACCUCCCAUCUACCCCAUUCCUCCCACCAUAGCCAUACCUCCCAUCUACCCCAUUCCUCCCACCAUAGCCAUACCUCCCAUCUCCCCCAUUCCUCCCACCAUAGCCAUACCUCCCAUCUCCCCCAUUCCUCCCACCAUAACCAUACCUCGCAUCUCCCCUAUUCCUCCCACCAUAGCCAUACCUCCCAUCUACCCCAUUCCUCCCACCAUAGCCAUACCUCCCAUCUACCCCAUUCCUCCCACCAUAGCCAUACCUCCCAUCUACCCUAUUCCUCCCACCAUAGCCAUACCUCCCAUCUCCCCCAUUCCUCCCACCAUAGCCAUACCUCCCAUCUCCCCCAUUCCUCCCACCAUAGCCAUACCUCCCAUCUACCCUAUUCCUCCCACCAUAGCCAUACCUCCCAUCUCCCCCAUUCCUCCCACCAUAGCCAUACCUCCCAUCUACCCCAUUCCUCCCACCAUAGCCAUACCUCCCAUCUCCCCCAUUCCUCCCACCAUAGCCAUACCUCCCAUCUACCCUAUUCCUCCCACCAUAGCCAUACCUCCCAUCUCCCCCAUUCCUCCCACCAUAGCCAUACCUCCCAUCUCCCCCAUUCCUCCCACCAUAGCCAUACCUCCCAUCUCCCCUAUUCCUCCCACCAUAGCCAUACCUCCCAUCUCCCCUAUUCCUCCCACCAUAGCCAUACCUCCCAUCUCCCCUAUUCCUCCCACCAUAGCCAUACCUCCCAUCUACCCCAUUCCUCCCACCAUAGCCAUACCUCCCAUCUCCCCCAUUCCUCCCACCAUAGCCAUACCUCCCAUCUCCCCCAUUCCUCCCACCAUAACCAUACCUCCCAUCUCCCCCAUUCCUCCCACCAUAGCCAUACCUCCCAUCUCCCCUAUUCCUCCCACCAUAGCCAUACCUCCCAUCUCCCCUAUUCCUCCCACCAUAGCCAUACCUCGCAUCUCCCCUAUUCCUCCCACCAUAGCCAUACCUCCCAUCUACCCCAUUCCUCCCACCAUAGCCAUACCUCCCAUCUCCCCCAUUCCUCCCACCAUAGCCAUACCUCCCAUCUCCCCCAUUCCUCCCACCAUAGCCAUACCUCCCAUCUCCCCCAUUCCUCCCACCAUAGCCAUACCUCCCAUCUCCCCCAUUCCUCCCACCAUAGCCAUACCUCCCAUCUCCCCUAUUCCUCCCACCAUAGCCAUACCUCCCAUCUCCCCCAUUCCUCCCACCAUAACCAUACCUCGCAUCUCCCCCAUUCCUCCCACCAUAGCCAUACCUCCCAUCUACCCCAUUCCUCCCACCAUAGCCAUACCUCCCAUCUCCCCCAUUCCUCCCACCAUAGCCAUACCUCCCAUCUCCCCUAUUCCUCCCACCAUAGCCAUACCUCCCAUCUCCCCCAUUCCUCCCACCAUAACCAUACCUCGCAUCUCCCCCAUUCCUCCCACCAUAGCCAUACCUCCCAUCUCCCCUAUUCCUCCCACCAUAGCCAUACCUCCCAUCUACCCCAUUCCUCCCACCAUAGCCAUACCUCCCAUCUCCCACAUUCCUCCCACCAUAGCCAUACCUCCCAUCUCCCCUAUUCCUCCCACCAUAGCCAUACCUCCCAUCUCCCCCAUUCCUCCCACCAUAGCCAUACCUCCCAUCUCCCCUAUUCCUCCCACCAUAGCCAUACCUCCCAUCUCCCCCAUUCCUCCCACCAUAACCAUACCUCGCAUCUCCCCCAUUCCUCCCACCAUAGCCAUACCUCCCAUCUCCCCUAUUCCUCCCACCAUAGCCAUACCUCCCAUCUACCCCAUUCCUCCCACCAUAGCCAUACCUCCCAUCUCCCACAUUCCUCCCACCAUAGCCAUACCUCCCAUCUCCCCUAUUCCUCCCACCAUAGCCAUACCUCCCAUCUCCCCCAUUCCUCCCACCAUAACCAUACCUCGCAUCUCCCCCAUUCCUCCCACCAUAGCCAUACCUCCCAUCUCCCCUAUUCCUCCCACCAUAGCCAUACCUCCCAUCUACCCCAUUCCUCCCACCAUAGCCAUACCUCCCAUCUCCCACAUUCCUCCCACCAUAGCCAUACCUCCCAUCUCCCCUAUUCCUCCCACCAUAGCCAUACCUCCCAUCUCCCACAUUCCUCCCACCAUAGCCAUACCUCCCAUCUCCCCUAUUCCUCCCACCAUAGCCAUACCUCCCAUCUCCCCCAUUCCUCCCACCAUAGCCAUACCUCCCAUCUACCCCAUUCCUCCCACCAUAGCCAUACCUCCCAUCUCCCCCAUUCCUCCCACCAUAGCCAUACCUCCCAUCUCCCCUAUUCCUCCCACCAUAGCCAUACCUCCCAUCUACCCCAUUCCUCCCACCAUAGCCAUACCUCCCAUCUACCCCAUUCCUCCCACCAUAGCCAUACCUCCCAUCUACCCCAUUCCUCCCACCAUAGCCAUACCUCCCAUCUACCCCAUUCCUCCCACCAUAGCCAUACCUCCCAUCUCCCCCAUUCCUCCCACCACAGCCAUACCUCCCAUCUCCCCUAUUCCUCCCACCAUAGCCAUACCUCCCAUCUCCCCCAUUCCUCCCACCAUAGCCAUACCUCCCAUCUCCCCCAUUCCUCCCACCAUAGCCAUACCUCCCAUCUCCCCCAUUCCUCCCACCAUAGCCAUACCUCCCAUCUCCCCCAUUCCUCCCACCACAGCCAUACCUCCCAUCUCCCCUAUUCCUCCCACCAUAGCCAUACCUCCCAUCUCCCCUAUUCCUCCCACCAUAGCCAUACCUCCCAUCUCCCCCAUUCCUCCCACCAUAGCCAUACCUCCCAUCUCCCCCAUUCCUCCCACCAUAGCCAUACCUCCCAUCUCCCCUAUUCCUCCCACCAUAGCCAUACCUCCCAUCUCCCCCAUUCCUCCCACCAUAGCCAUACCUCCCGUCUCCCCCAUUCCUCCCACCAUAGCCAUACCUCCCAUCUCCCCCAUUCCUCCCACCAUAGCCAUACCUCCCAUCUCCCCCAUUCCUCCCACCACAGCCAUACCUCCCAUCUCCCCCAUUCCUCCCACCAUAGCCAUACCUCCCAUCUCCCCCAUUCCUCCCACCAUAGCCAUACCUCCCAUCUCCCCCAUUCCUCCCACCAUAGCCAUACCUCCCAUCUCCCCUAUUCCUCCCACCAUAGCCAUACCUCCCAUCUCCCCCAUUCCUCCCACCACAGCCAUACCUCCCAUCUCCCCUAUUCCUCCCACCAUAGCCAUACCUCCCAUCUCCCCCAUUCCUCCCACCAUAGCCAUACCUCCCGUCUCCCCCAUUCCUCCCACCAUAGCCAUACCUCCCAUCUCCCCCAUUCCUCCCACCACAGCCAUACCUCCCAUCUCCCCCAUUCCUCCCACCAUAGCCAUACCUCCCGUCUCCCCCAUUCCUCCCACCAUAGCCAUACCUCCCAUCUCCCCCAUUCCUCCCACCAUAGCCAUACCUCCCAUCUCCCCCAUUCCCCCCACCAUAGCCAUACCUCCCAUCUCCCCCAUUCCUCCCACCACAGCCAUACCUCCCAUCUCCCCUAUUCCUCCCACCAUAGCCAUACCUCCCAUCUCCCCCAUUCCUCCCACCAUAGCCAUACCUCCCGUCUCCCCCAUUCCUCCCACCAUAGCCAUACCUCCCAUCUCCCCCAUUCCUCCCACCACAGCCAUACCUCCCAUCUCCCCCAUUCCUCCCACCAUAGCCAUACCUCCCGUCUCCCCCAUUCCUCCCACCAUAGCCAUACCUCCCAUCUCCCCCAUUCCCCCCACCAUAGCCAUACCUCCCAUCUCCCCCAUUCCUCCCACCAUAGCCAUACCUCCCAUCUCCCCCAUUCCUCCCACCAUAGCCAUACCUCCCAUCUCCCCUAUUCCUCCCACCAUAGCCAUACCUCCCAUCUCCCCCAUUCCUCCCACCAUAGCCAUACCUCCCAUCUCCCCCAUUCCUCCCACCAUAGCCAUACCUCCCAUCUACCCCAUUCCUCCCACCAUAGCCAUACCUCCCAUCUCCCCCAUUCCUCCCACCAUAGCCAUACCUCCCAUCUCCCCUAUUCCUCCCACCAUAGCCAUACCUCCCAUCUCCCCCAUUCCUCCCACCAUAGCCAUACCUCCCAUCUACCCUAUUCCUCCCACCAUAGCCAUACCUCCCAUCUCCCCUAUUCCUCCCACCAUAGCCAUACCUCCCAUCUCCCCCAUUCCUCCCACCAUAGCCAUACCUCCCAUCUCCCCCAUUCCUCCCACCAUAGCCAUACCUCCCAUCUACCCCAUUCCUCCCACCAUAGCCAUACCUCCCAUCUCCCCCAUUCCUCCCACCAUAGCCAUACCUCCCAUCUCCCCCAUUCCUCCCACCAUAGCCAUACCUCCCGUCUCCCCUAUUCCUCCCACCAUAGCCAUACCUCCCAUCUCCCCCAUUCCUCCCACCAUAGCCAUACCUCCCAUCUCCCCCAUUCCUCCCACCAUAGCCAUACCUCCCGUCUCCCCUAUUCCUCCCACCAUAGCCAUACCUCCCAUCUCCCCCAUUCCUCCCACCAUAGCCAUACCUCCCAUCUCCCCUAUUCCUCCCACCAUAGCCAUACCUCCCAUCUCCCCCAUUCCUCCCACCAUAGCCAUACCUCCCAUCUCCCCCAUUCCUCCCACCAUAGCCAUACCUCCCAUCUACCCCAUUCCUCCCACCAUAGCCAUACCUCCCAUCUCCCCCAUUCCUCCCACCAUAGCCAUACCUCCCGUCUCCCCUAUUCCUCCCACCAUAGCCAUACCUCCCAUCUCCCCCAUUCCUCCCACCAUAGCCAUACCUCCCAUCUCCCCUAUUCCUCCCACCAUAGCCAUACCUCCCAUCUCCCCCAUUCCUCCCACCAUAGCCAUACCUCCCAUCUCCCCCAUUCCUCCCACCAUAGCCAUACCUCCCAUCUCCCCCAUUCCUCCCACCAUAGCCAUACCUCCCAUCUCCCCCAUUCCUCCCACCAUAGCCAUACCUCCCAUCUCCCCCAUUCCUCCCACCAUAGCCAUACCUCCCAUCUCCCCCAUUCCUCCCACCAUAGCCAUACCUCCCAUCUCCCCUAUUCCUCCCACCAUAGCCAUACCUCCCAUCUCCCCCAUUCCUCCCACCAUAGCCAUACCUCCCAUCUCCCCCAUUCCUCCCACCAUAGCCAUACCUCCCAUCUCCCCCAUUCCUCCCACCAUAGCCAUACCUCCCAUCUCCCCCAUUCCUCCCACCAUAGCCAUACCUCCCAUCUCCCCCAUUCCUCCCACCAUAGCCAUACCUCCCGUCUCCCCCAUUCCUCCCACCAUAGCCAUACCUCCCAUCUCCCCCAUUCCUCCCACCAUAGCCAUACCUCCCGUCUCCCCCAUUCCUCCCACCAUAGCCAUACCUCCCAUCUCCCCUAUUCCUCCCACCAUAGCCAUACCUCCCAUCUCCCCCAUUCCUCCCACCAUAGCCAUACCUCCCAUCUCCCCUAUUCCUCCCACCAUAGCCAUACCUCCCAUCUCCCCCAUUCCUCCCACCAUAGCCAUACCUCCCAUCUCCCCCAUUCCUCCCACCAUAGCCAUACCUCCCAUCUCCCCCAUUCCUCCCACCAUAGCCAUACCUCCCAUCUCCCCUAUUCCUCCCACCAUAGCCAUACCUCCCAUCUCCCCCAUUCCUCCCACCAUAGCCAUACCUCCCAUCUCCCCCAUUCCUCCCACCAUAGCCAUACCUCCCAUCUCCCCCAUUCCUCCCACCAUAGCCAUACCUCCCAUCUCCCCUAUUCCUCCCACCAUAGCCAUACCUCCCAUCUCCCCCAUUCCUCCCACCAUAGCCAUACCUCCCAUCUCCCCCAUUCCUCCCACCAUAGCCAUACCUCCCAUCUCCCCCAUUCCUCCCACCAUAGCCAUACCUCCCAUCUCCCCUAUUCCUCCCACCAUAGCCAUACCUCCCAUCUCCCCCAUUCCUCCCACCAUAGCCAUACCUCCCAUCUCCCCCAUUCCUCCCACCAUAGCCAUACCUCCCGUCUCCCCCAUUCCUCCCACCAUAGCCAUACCUCCCAUCUCCCCCAUUCCUCCCACCAUAGCCAUACCUCCCAUCUCCCCCAUUCCUCCCACCAUAGCCAUACCUCCCAUCUCCCCCAUUCCUCCCACCAUAGCCAUACCUCCCAUCUCCCCCAUUCCUCCCACCAUAGCCAUACCUCCCAUCUCCCCCAUUCCUCCCACCAUAGCCAUACCUCCCGUCUCCCCUAUUCCUCCCACCAUAGCCAUACCUCCCAUCUCCCCCAUUCCUCCCACCAUAGCCAUACCUCCCAUCUCCCCCAUUCCUCCCACCAUAGCCAUACCUCCCAUCUCCCCCAUUCCUCCCACCAUAGCCAUACCUCCCAUCUCCCCCAUUCCUCCCACCAUAGCCAUACCUCCCAUCUCCCCCAUUCCUCCCACCACAGCCAUACCUCCCAUCUCCCCCAUUCCUCCCACCAUAGCCAUACCUCCCAUCUCCCCCAUUCCUCCCACCAUAGCCAUACCUCCCAUCUCCCCCAUUCCUCCCACCAUAGCUAUACCUCCCAUCUCCCCCAUUCCUCCCACCAUAGCCAUACCUCCCAUCUCCCCCAUUCCUCCCACCAUAGCCAUACCUCCCAUCUCCCCCAUUCCUCCCACCACAGCCAUACCUCCCAUCUCCCCCAUUCCUCCCACCAUAGCCAUACCUCCCAUCUCCCCCAUUCCUCCCACCAUAGCCAUUCCUCCCAUCUCCCCUAUUCCUCCCACCAUAGCCAUACCUCCCAUCUCCCCCAUUCCUCCCACCAUAGCCAUACCUCCCAUCUCCCCCAUUCCUCCCACCACAGCCAUACCUCCCAUCUCCCCCAUUCCUCCCACCAUAGCCAUACCUCCCGUCUCCCCCAUUCCUCCCACCAUAGCCAUACCUCCCAUCUCCCCCAUUCCUCCCACCAUAGCCAUACCUCCCAUCUCCCCUAUUCCUCCCACCAUAGCCAUACCUCCCAUCUCCCCCAUUCCUCCCACCACAGCCAUACCUCCCAUCUCCCCCAUUCCUCCCACCACAGCCAUACCUCCCAUCUCCCCCAUUCCUCCCACCAUAGCCAUACCUCCCAUCUCCCCCAUUCCUCCCACCAUAGCCAUACCUCCCAUCUCCCCUAUUCCUCCCACCAUAGCCAUACCUCCCAUCUCCCCUAUUCCUCCCACCAUAGCCAUACCUCCCAUCUCCCCCAUUCCUCCCACCAUAGCCAUACCUCCCAUCUCCCCUAUUCCUCCCACCAUAGCCAUACCUCCCAUCUCCCCUAUUCCUCCCACCAUAGCCAUACCUCCCAUCUCCCCCAUUCCUCCCACCAUAGCCAUACCUCCCAUCUCCCCCAUUCCUCCCACCACAGCCAUACCUCCCAUCUCCCCCAUUCCUCCCACCAUAGCCAUACCUCCCAUCUCCCCCAUUCCUCCCACCAUAGCCAUACCUCCCGUCUCCCCCAUUCCUCCCACCAUAGCCAUACCUCCCAUCUCCCCCAUUCCUCCCACCAUAGCCAUACCUCCCGUCUCCCCCAUUCCUCCCACCAUAGCCAUACCUCCCAUCUCCCCUAUUCCUCCCACCAUAGCCAUACCUCCCAUCUCCCCCAUUCCUCCCACCACAGCCAUACCUCCCAUCUCCCCCAUUCCUCCCACCAUAGCCAUACCUCCCAUCUCCCCCAUUCCUCCCACCAUAGCCAUACCUCCCGUCUCCCCCAUUCCUCCCACCAUAGCCAUACCUCCCAUCUCCCCUGUUCCUCCCACCAUAGCCACCGCUCGCUCUAUCCCCACACCGGCUCACUCGAUUCUGCUUCGGUCUGCCUCUCCUUCCCCCGCCUCACACCAAUGCUCUCCCACGUCGCUAGAUUCACCCACACGCGCCCUUCCCCGCUGGCUCCCCCGCGAGCCCCAACGCACCCCCCCCUCGCGCCUCUCCUCUUGCCUCUGGCGCAUGAUCUCCCCCGUAGUCUCUCUCCCGCCCUUCCCACCUCUCCGCCUGCCUCUUCUCCCCUCCUCUGCUCUCCUGCUCUACCCCCUGUUCCGCCUGCUCCUGCCCCUCGCCUCGCGUCUGCCAAACUCAAAUCACACGCGCCCGCAUCCCCCUUUCCCCUCCCCUCCCUGUGCCUCCCCUCCCCGCUCCGCUUCCCUAAUCCCCGUGUGGUCGCUCUUUACUGCUACGCCCACCUAUGCCCCCACUCCCACCGGCCUGUCGCGGCUCUCCGCCAUCCCGAAUCGGCUCUUCUCGCUCUCGUCGCCCUGUCUGUUGCUUCGACUCGACGGCUAUCAAGCCACUAUGCGACGCCCCACUGUUGCCCUCCCAGUUCUCGCUUCCUAA